UUAUUCAUAAACAAUCGAGACAAACAAGACCCAUAUUCAGACACCCAAUUCACACACAAAACAUCUUGCAUUUGGGCAACAUUUUAAUAUUCGCCGUUAGCAUUUUAUGUUCAUAAUUGAAUAUCAGUCAUUUGGCGGCAUUUGUUUUGCAGUAUAUUCGGAUGUUUUUUGAUUAAAUUUAUAGAAAAUUGCCUAAAACCCACCUAUCCGGAAAUGAAAGCUGACGUAAAAGAAUUGUCAAAAUGCCAGGGAGCCGCAAAUGUCAAAAUCACAUCCAGGGCUGCACAAAUACGCAGAGUUGCUCAGACAAAGAAGCAACUGGCGCGCAACAGCUGAUUGCGUGUAAGCAAUACAAAAAUGCUAGAAAUUUGCAAUUGCUUGCAGUGGGACUGCUUUGGGGUGUGACCAACCCAUUCAUCCGCCUUGGCAGUCAGGGAAUCGAGUCUGUCAAAGACACUGGCUCCAAGUGGAGAAAUUUUGUCCUGGAAGUAUGCACGAUUGGCUCCCGUUGGCGGUACUGGAUACCCUUUGGACUCAAUCAGUGCGGUAGUGCUUUGUAUGUGUGGACAUUGCAAAGUGCCAGCAUCACAGUGGCGGUUCCAGUCGCCAAUUCGCUCAGUUUUGCCUUCACCGCGAUAACUGGUUAUGCACUGGGCGAAAAGUUGCCUGGGAAAAAAGUUAUCCUGGGAACGUUCCUAAUCUGCUUCGGCAGCACGCUCAUGAUAUACGACAAAUUGGUACAGGAACAGAAACAAGAAAACCAAAAUAUACCAUUCCAAUGAUUUAACCCUAA